CGGAGGCUUUCCUGUAACAAAGCGUCGGAUGUGAAGCCAAAACCCCUUGGGUGCAAAAGCAACCACUGCGUGCAAAAAAAAAAGCCUUGCAAAGGAAAAAACCCAUCGGUGGAAAAACAUGGCAGAAGAUUUAUCGAUCAAUAAAAAUAAGAUAUUUACCCAACGGUACGGCAACAGUAAUAACGAUAUUUGUCGGCUGUGUUUAAAAAAUGAGGCCCACAUGGAGCCGCUGUUCUACUCCAACUUAUUCCCCAACAUUUUACUUACGAAGAAGAUAUACGAUUGCACCUCAAUACAGAUAAUCUACGAACGUAACUUGCCAAUGUUUGUGUGUAAGCUGUGCGCCAACAAGCUGGACGAGUAUGUGCGCUUUCGGGAUCGUUGCAUAGCAAAUGAUGAAUUUUUGCGCAACGCUCUGGCGGCAUUCGAUGCGAACGGUGGGGGUUGCUCGAGCGGGAUAAAAAUGGAACCGGAAGAUACGCCGCCACCCCCUUCCUUGCCACCGGCUGCACCGCCAACGGCCAAGUUCGCCCAAUGCCUUACGGUGACACCGAUGGAGCUAAACUGUGCCCUUGUUGCGGCGGCUGCAGCUGCUGCCGCGGGUGGCCACCAGGGCAGCAAACGGGAACCGCCGGAUGUUGAGGAAGACCAUGGAAGAUAUGGUCACACGUCCGGUGCACCAUCUCCCGACCGAUCAAGCUGUGGUGGAAGGAUGACGGCCGACGAGUUGGCCACACUCAAACAAAGGCACGACGAUCACUAUCGGAGUGGCGACGAGGAUGAGCUACCGACCGAUGAUGGUUACGCCGAACCCCCCAACCAAACCGAUGCCAAACAGUACGUGUGUGAGGUGUGUUCGAAAUCGUUCAAAAUACGCCACCAUUUGCUGGUGCACAGACACACGCACCUGGACAAUCAUGUGGCACCGGGCCACGGUUUGCUGCACGGAGGAACCGACUGUAACGGCACAGUGACCGGCAACGGGAAACAGUCGUACAACUGUCCGAAAUGCACCAAAGUGUUCGUCAACAAGGGCAAUCUGUUGAAUCACCUCGAGACGCACACGAACGAGAAGAGCUACGCGUGUGAUAUCUGCACGAAAACGUUCAAGUACAAUGUGCAGCUGCGGUUGCAUAUGCGAAUCCACACCGGCGAGCGGCCCCACAAGUGUGAGAUCUGCAAUCGUGGGUUUUCGCAGCUGUCCAACUUGCGAUCGCACCGAAAAACUCACUCCAAAGUAAAACCGUACAAAUGCCAUUUAUGCCUCAAAAGCUUCACCAUGCUGGACAACCUGACCGCGCACAGUGCCAAGUGUCUGAAGGACAAGUUCCGCUGCACGCUCUGUUCGAAAUCGUUCGCCAAAGAGGGUAAUCUGCUGUCGCACCUGCAGUCCCACAACGAUGGGAUUGUGGAGAAGAUGUUCAAGUGCGAAAUGUGCCCGAAAAGCUUCAAAAACAAGGAAGACUGGAAGCGGCACGUACGGGUGCACACGGGCGAAAAGCCGUAUACGUGCGACAUCUGCUCGAAAGGCUUCGCCCAGAAAGCGAAUCUACUGUCCCACCGGAAGACACACCUCAAGCCAAACGUUAUUUACAAAUGUGAACGAUGUGCGAGAACGUUUCGUUCGCAGAAGGUGCUCCAAAUGCACGCACCGAAGUGUGUCGGUGUGGUGGUUGACGGAGCUAGUGUUCCAUCUGCUCCGGUAACACCGGUAUCCGAAUCGCUUCCGGGCUCUCCGAGUCCUGCUGGUACCGCUGUCACGCUAUCCACCGCGGCGUCUGCUACCGUAGCCGUGACCAACAACACACCAACGCUGUCGGAAGCGCUAUCCGAUCUGCUGCGGUACGAGAUAGCACUAAGGGCACCUUUGGAACUGCAGCAAAUGCUUCUCGGGCAUAUCGAUCGUAAGAAGCCACCGAACGGAACGGGCGGUAAAGCGGCAGGACGACGCUACAGAUGCGACGUGUGCUUCAAAGGCUAUUCGCAGUAUCCGUCGCUGAUCAAACAUCGGAAGCUACACUUCAAAGUACCUCCACUGGUGAAGGUCCUGGCGGGAAAGGGCCGACACGCGGACUACGACGAACCGGACGACCCGGGAGCAGAUUGUGAUGGUGACCCUGAUGGACUGGUGGAACGGCGGGGAGUGACACCGGAGCUGCACGAUCCGAUCGAGCGGCCGUACAGCUGUGAUAUAUGCGGCGGAAGAUUUGAAGCAGCAUCUGCACACCCACCCGACCGAUGCCGGCAGGAGCUUCAGCUGCGAGUACUGCUCGAACCGAUUCCGCUCGAACGAGGACCUGAAGCGGCACAGACGAUCGCACACCGGCGAGCGACCCUUCCGGUGCACCCGCUGCCCGAAAGCGUUCACCCAGCAGUCGAACCUGCGGGCCCACACGAGGAUCCACGAGCGCUAGGCAGUGCGCAACAGGUGGUGCCAGCCCGACCAACAACUUCCCCGGAUGCCGGCAGCAGAAUGAUGCGACAACCCGUGCCAUCGGGCGAACCGGCAUGCGCAGGGUGUUUUGUGCGUGACUUCUCCACUGAAGUAGGAAGCUGGAUCGCUAGUGACCGCAUUCGUUCGAUACCGAUUUCGACGAUGAGUGUUGAGAAUCGGCAUAUAAAAGAGGAAACCAGCAAUGAGCAUCGUGCCGGUGAGGGUUGCAGUGGUGACGGGGACAGCGCAAGAGAGAUCGGAACCGGGGAAAGUGAACCGGGUGAGGAUGAACGUGAUUGCUACCAGCAGCGCGACACGCGAAUGAUCUACAGUCUCAACAUGAAUGUGUGCCGGUUAUGCCUAGCGGAGGGACACGGUCAACUCCAACCUGUAUUCUACGCGCAGGACUCGCCGGACGAGAUUCUGCAGCAAAAGAUAUAUGAGCUAACAACGGUGGAGAUAACAUUCGCCUUGGACUUUCCGACCAGUGUGUGCAUCGAAUGCCUCACCAAGCUGGAUGAGUUUUCGCUCUUUCGACGGCAGUGCAUCGACAACAAUGAAAUACUGAAGCUAAAGUACUACGAGCUGAAGGCGGAAGCAGAUGCGGAGGACUACUGUACCAAGCAGGAUAGUAAGGACGACGAAGACAUGCACAUAGCGAAGGUGAAGAAAGAGGAAGAAUUUAUGCAACUCGAACGAGCGUCCGUAAUCGACGAACAACGACGCAACGGUACGAUGGUGGAUGCGAUGGACGACCAGGUUCCGUACGUGGAGGAUGAUGCGGGCAACGAGAUCAUCAUCGGCGAUGGGCAGGAAGAGUACGAUGCGUCCCAACAACCGAUAACCGGUACGAAGAUACAGUACGUAUCCGAAGAUGGCACAAUGACGGAGUACAUCACGUCCGGUGCGAUAGUGCGCCGUGACAUCGUUAGCCCCUCGGAUCUGGAGGAGCCGGUUGGCGAAGGACAAGAAAUUUACUACACCGUCGGUACGGACACGUACGCCAUCCCGACGGGUGCGGCCGAAGCUGCCAACUAUGUGCCGCAGGGUUUCGCGGACCAGACGGAGAUUGAAUGCACCACGAUCGAGGAUCAUCUACCGGAGGAAUACGUCGAGGAGGUACCGGCGGUAGCAUCCAAUGCCUCCGCCAACACACACCUCGUAAUGGCUGCAUCACGCGGCAGGCACGACCGUCCGUUCGUGUGCAAGCACUGCAAGACCAGCUUCAAUUUGCCGACCCGGUUGGAAAAUCACGUCAUCGAGAUGCAUUCGGUGAAUGGGGUUUAUCGGUGCGAUCGUUGCCAGGGUGAAAUGUUUAGUUCGUACCUUGACUUUAAAGCGCACCGGAUGCGUUACCACCCACGCACGGAUGAUGCCCUUGCGGGUAGUGGGCCGGCGAGUGGUGCGGACCUGACGCCAACCAUAAUCAAACAAACAUCAUUGGGAGAGGAGAUGCACAUGGAGCAUGUACUGUCGUCAAACAAUGCGUACUCAUCGCCGGACAGUCCAACGCUUAGUUCCGAUUCGGAGGAACAUCAGCCGGCGAAAGAGCUGACAGUGCGUUCCAAACGUCCGGGCGGGGGUAGCAGCGUCGUACCGCCGAGGACACGGACGCGAACCAAUGGCCAUAGCAAUCGCACAGUAAAGGCACAGAAACCGCACACCAUCGCAACGAGUCAACAACCGCACGAGGUCAUCCUGAUCGAUGAUGAUGAGCAGCAGCAGCAGCAACAGGCAUCGCAGCUCACGAACGGUACCGGUACUACACCGACCGUACAUCGCGAGCUGUUGCAACAGAUCGAGGAAAGUGAGGCAAACUCGGUCGGUCCGAAGAUGUACACCUGCGAGAAUUGUCCCAAAACGUUCGUGCAUCUGAACAACCUGAAAGCGCACAUAUAUGCUGAGCACGACAAUGACAAACCAUUCAAAUGCAAGCUCUGUCCGAUAUCCUUCAAGACGAAGGAGAUACUCGUGAUGCACAUGAUGCUCCAUGCGCAAAACAAUGGUGCCACCUAGAGAGGAAGAAACCCCCGUGUGGAGUAUGGAGUAGUUGGAGCACACACACACACCCGCCAUUAUAUUCUAUUAUUAUGUGCCAAAAUUUGCUUAUGCCUCUGCUCCUGUUUGUGUCUUGUACUAAGCCACAUACCAUAAUUGCGCAAACAAAAAAGAAGAAACAAGCGUAGAUACUGCGCAUUCAUCCAUAUUGGAGUAGAAUGUAAUGCAAGAUUUCAGAUUCCCGGACGAUGGUGAUGCAUAGUCAUCACCACCGUUUGUCGGGGAUGUAUUUUUUUUUUCUUUACAAACGUACGGUGCUUUUUGUUACACAUAGCGAUAGGAUAAUUUUUCGAUUUGCUCAUUCAAUGAGAGAAACGAGCUAGCGAGCACGCUAGCGCUGUACCGUAAUGCUUCCUGUUGAACACGGGGAAAGGGGGGGUCUUUAUUUGGUUCCCAACGCGAUUCGAUUUAUUUUUACACUUAUUAAAGGGGAAAAGACUUCCCUACCCGUUUUAGGUUUAAUAUCAUCACAUGUGUGGCCUUUAAGAUAAAAUCUUUUUUUCUUUUUUAUUUUCGUACCCUUUUUGUUAGUGGUAGUGUUCUAGUUUAGUUCUGAACCAUCUGUGAGUUGUCUGCUGCACGCUCAUCAUUGUUCUGAUUUCCUUACCGCGCAGAAACCAUGAUCGGUGGUGCUUGAAUGAUUCGGUCACGAUCAUUACAUACAAUCUCGCUUAGUGUGUAAGGAGUUAGUGUUUAGAAAAUGCAAUUCGUUUGUUUUUUUUUGAUCAUUUAUUAUUGCUCAUAGGUAGGAAAAGUAUAAAAUAAACCGUAACGCACACGGACAGGUAGAAUGAGCGUCACAAUUAGGAAGAGAAUAUUUGGUAGGAUUAUAAGUUCUAUUUUGUUCGAUUGAUUCGGGGACAAAGCAAUACAAAACAGAUUGUAAAUGAUAGGAGAGGAGUGUGUUCCUUUUUCGUUACUAGCGAAUCAUAGCUAAGCCAUCACGACGGAGGACCGGAGUUUACCGGAAGUUACACUGUUAAACAAUUCGGUACAAAAAGCAUGAAUAGAGUCCCAAUUCAUUCGCUCCAAUUGCGGGUGUUCAUUUUGGGAAAUUCAUUGGGCCUUCGACGAUAGGUGAAAACUUCAUCGUUUGCAACGAACCAGACAAUUCUAGACUGCAAAAAAAAACAAACCACU